AUGUCGAAGCAUUCGGCUAGCUUUCUCGGCCAACCGCGGCUCAGCACUUUAAUCAUGGAUACCACGGAAAAAAAGAAGAUCUUCUUUGAGGAAGCAGACAGACCUCCGCCCUCUUAUUAUGACGACAGUCUGGAGAGAAUGCCGCUCAAGAAGAUACCUUUUCAAACUCCUGAUCCCGAAAAAUGGCUCAAAGCACCCGAGUUUGUACCAAGAACAAAGAUGCUGGCCGAUGCAUUUGCACCGACACCUCCAGGAUUUCAGUCAGACAUCUCGCCGUUGACGGAAGUCCCAUUUGUACCAGUCGGACAUCUACCACAUGCACAAAUUGCAAAAUGCGUGGCCGGACCCUUUAUCCCGGGAGCACCAGCAUCAUUCGUACAUCCGCCUCCUCCCUUUCCCCCCAUGGUUCCGAUGCCGCCUGCGGUCGCUGCAGCCGCAGCACCAGCCAUGCCCGUAAUUCCGAAUGGUUACACUGUCAACAUCACUAAUUUGAAUCGAAGUAAAUGA